ACAUUUUUAAAACUAGCAAGAGUAAGCUUUUGUGAUAAACAGAAAAGAUGUCUGGUCAACUUGAGCAUGAGUCGGAGCUUGACGUGCCAGCAAGUGAAGCAUGGGAACUCUUUGGAACACUUGGUAUUGCAAAACUCGCUGGAGAAGAGAUGCCUGAAUUGUUUCAGAAAGUGGAAGUAGUUGAAGGAGAUGGAGGAGUUGGGACUAUUCUCAAACUCACAUUCACACCAGGUAUACCUGGGCCAGCAAGUUACAAAGAGAAGUUUACCAAAGUUGAUAAUGAGAAACUCAUCAAAGAAGCUGAGGUAGUUGAAGGUGGAUACUUGGAUUUUGGAUUCACACUAUUUAGAGCUCGUUUUCAAGUUAUAGAGAAAGGUGAAGAUUCGAGUAUAAUCAAAUCUACAAUAGAGUAUGAAGCCAAAGAUGCAGCUAAUGCUUCACUUGUUUCAAUUGAGCCAUUCGCAAAAAUUGUACAAGUUGCUAAGAAUUAUCUCGGAAGAAACAAGGAUGCAAAGGAAGCAAAGUAGUAAUUAUCUGCUUCACUUUAUUUACACCACCAAAUAAAAAAAAAAUACAGUAGUAUAUAUAAAAUGCAAUUUUCAAAAUUUUAAAUGAUUUCCUCUUUGUAAUUUACAUAUGAAAGUAUCAUUCCCCCAAUAAACACAUAUCACUUUUUUAUUAAUAAAAUGAGCAAGAUUGUGUUUGGACCCGACACAA